CAGCUCCAGGGCGCCAGGUCCCCGCGCGCCACGCCCCCUGCCCGCCCACCAGCCUGCCCCGCAGAGGCACGCCCCCUUCCGCCUAGACCCCUUAUGCGGGCCCAGACCCGGCCCAAAUCUCCGCCAGCGUUGCUGCCAUCGCCAUCGCCUGCCCCGCGUCCCUAGCUCUGCGAAGGACAGGCCUCGCGUCAGGACCCCAUCGUCUGCUGAGGUGCCAGGAUGGUGGGAGAACUCCGCUACAGGGAAUUCAGGGUGCCCCUGGGGCCCGGCCUGCAUGCCUACCCCGAUGAGCUGAUCCGCCAGCGGGUGGGCCACGACGGACACCCUGAGUACCAGAUCCGCUGGCUCAUCCUCAGGCGCAGCGAUGAUGGGGACGAAGGCUCUACCCAAGUGGACUGCAAGGCUGAGCACAUCUUGCUAUGGAUGUCUAACGAUGAGAUCUAUGCCAACUGCCACAAGAUGCUGGGCGAGGACGGCCAGGUCAUCGGGCCCUCCCAGGAGUCUGAUGGGGAGGCUGGGGCCCUGGACAAAUCGGUGUUGGGGGAAAUGGAAACAGAUGUGAAGUCCUUGAUUCAGAGAGCCCUUCGGCAGCUGGAGGAGUGUGUGGGCGCCAUCCCUCCUGCCCCUCUGCUUCACACUGUCCAUGUGCUCAGUGCCUAUGCCAGCAUCGAGCCCCUCACGGGGGUCUUCAAAGACCCGAGGGUCCAGGACUUGCUCAUGCACAUGUUGAGCAGUCCUGAUUAUCAGAUGCGCUGGAGCGCCGGCCGGAUGAUCCAAGCCCUGGCCUCCCAUGAUGCUGGUGAGGGCCAGUGUGGGGAGGACGGGGAAGCAGGAGAGGGGCUGGGUCGGCUCAGGGACUCACAGGACACUGUGGCAGGAGCCUCUGACCUCAUCAGGACCCGGACUGAGAUCCUUCUGUCACUGAGCCAGCAAGAGGCCAUUGAGAAGCACCUGGAUUUUGACAGUCGCUGCGCUCUGCUGGCACUGUUUGCACAGGCCACACUCUCUGAACACCCCAUGUCUUUCGAAGGCAUUCAGCUGCCACAGGUUCCAGGAAGGCUGCUCUUCUCCCUGGUGAAGCGCUAUUUGCACGCCACCUCCCUCCUGGAUCAACUGAACGACAGCACUGCAGAAGCAGGCGCCCCAAACAAUUCUGCUCCCGAGGAAUUGAUUGGGGAGAGGAGCCGGCUGGAGCUGGAAUUCAGUAUGGCCAUGGGCAGCCUGAUCUCAGAGCUGGUGCAAGCCAUGCGCUGGGACCGGGCCUCCAGCAGGCAGGGGAGCUUGGCACGGCCUGCCUGUUCCAUCUUCCAGCCCCACCUGGCAGAUUCAGGCCUGGGGCUCCCAGUUGCUCAGGCCCAACCCACUUUCCGGAGGUCAAGGCGAUAUCGCCCUCGCUCAGAGUUUGCAAGUGGCAAUACCUAUGCCUUAUAUGUGCGGGAUACACUGCAGCCAGGGAUGCGAGUGCGCAUGCUGGACGAUUACGAGGAGAUCAGUGCCGGGGACGAAGGCGAGUUCCGGCAGAGCAACAGUGGCGUGCCCCCUGUACAGGUGCUAUGGGAGUCAACAGGCCGAACCUACUGGGUGCACUGGCACAUGCUGGAGAUCCUGGGCUUUGAGGAAGACAUUGAAAAUGUGGUUGCGGGUGACGAGUACCAGGGGGCAAUGAGCAGUGGAGCUCUGGGUGUAGCUCUGCCCUCAUGGCGGUGGAAGCCCAUGACAGAGCUCUAUGCUGUGCCUUACGCACUGCCUGAGGAUGAGGACGCUGAGGAAAGCGAGCACCUGACCCAGGCCGAGUGGUGGGAGCUCCUCUUCUUCAUCAAGAAGCUGGAUGUCCCCGACCAUCAGGAGGUCAUCCAGAUCCUCCAGGAGAACCUGGAUGGGGAGAUUCUGGAUGAUGAGCUCCUGGCUGAGCUGGCCGUGCCCAUGGAGUUGGCCCAGGACCUGCUGCUGGCUCUGCCACAGCGACUCGAUGACAGCGCCCUCCGGGACCUGCUCAACUGCCAUGUCUACAGGAAGUAUGGGCCCGAGGCCCUGGCAGGGCAGCUGGCCUACCCACCCCUUCUAGAAGCCCAGCAAGAUGCCCUCCUGCUGCAAGCCCAGGGCCAGCCUCAGGAAUCAGACGAUGCAGCCAGAGCAGAAGCAAAAGAACCCAAGACUCAGUGUUCCACUACUCCCCUGCAGCAUCUGGUGGAGGGCUACGGUCCAGCAGGGAAAAUCCUCCUGGAUCUGGAGCGAGCCCUCAGCUCAGAGGGCGCCCAGGCGAGUGAGGUCAAGCCCCUCCUGCUGCAGCUCCAGAGGCAGCCCCAGCCCUUCCUCAUGCUCAUGCAGAGCCUGGACAUGCCAGCCUCCAACAGGGCCCUACACCUGACUGCCUUGAGAAUCCUGAUGCAGCUGGUGGACUUCCCUGAGGCGCUGCUGCUGCCCUGGCAUGAGGCCAUGGAUGCCUGUAUGGCCUGCCUGCGAUCCCCAAACGCUGACCGAGAGGUGCUUCAGGAACUGAUCCUCUUCCUGCACCGUCUGGCCUCAGCGAGCAGGGACUAUGCUGUGGUGUUGAACCAGCUGGGUGCCCGAGAUGCCAUCUCCAAGGCCCUGGAAAAGCACCUGGGGAAGCUGGAGCUGGCUCAGGAGCUGCGGGACAUGGUGUUCAAGUGUGAGAAGCAUGCCCACCUCUACCGGAAGCUCACCACCAACAUCCUGGGAGGCUGCAUCCAGAUGGUGCUGGGCCAGAUUGAAGACCACAGACGAACCCACCAGCCCAUCAACAUCCCCUUCUUUGAUGUGUUCCUCAGAUAUCUGUGCCAGGGCUCCAGUGUGGAAGUGAAGGAGGACAAGUGCUGGGAGAAGGUGGAGGUGUCCUCCAAUCCGCACCGGGCCAGCCGGCUGACGGACCGCAAUCCCAAGACCUACUGGGAGUCCAACGGCAGUGCAGGCUCCCACGCCAUCACCCUGCGCAUGCGCCAGGGCAUCCUGGUCCGGCAGCUGACUCUGCUGGUCGCCAGCGAGGACUCGAGCUACAUGCCAGCCAGGGUGGUGGUGUUCGGGGGUGACAGCACCAACUCUCUUAACACAGAACUCACCUCGGUCAAUGUGAUGCCUGCUGCCAGCCGGGUGAUCCUGCUGGAGAACCUAAACCGCUUCUGGCCCGUCAUCCAGAUCCGCAUAAAGCGCUGCCAGCAGGGUGGCAUCAACACACGCAUUCGGGGGGUGGAGGUCCUGGGCCCCAAGCCCACCUUCUGGCCAGUGUUCCGGGAGCAGUUAUGUCGCCAUACACGCCUCUUCUACAUGGUUCGGGCGCAAGCCUGGAGCCAGGAUAUAUCUGAGGACCGCAGGAACCUGCUACACCUCAGCUCUAGACUCAACGGGGCUCUGCGCCAGGAGCAGGACUUUGCUGAUCGCUUCCUCCCUGACGAGGAGGCCGCCCAAGCACUGGGCAAGACCUGCUGGGAGGCCCUGGUCAGCCCGCUGGUGCAGAAUAUCACCUCUCCUGAUGAGGCUGGAAUUAGCCCCCUAGGCUGGCUGCUGGACCAGUACCUGGAGUGUCGGGAGGCUGCCCACAACCCCCAGAGCCGUGCAGCAGCUUUCUCUUCGAGGGUGCGCCGCCUCACCCACCUGCUGGUGCAUGUUGAGCCCUGCGAGGCACCCCCUCCAGUGGUAGCCACGCCUCGGCCCAAAGGCAGGAACAGAAGUCACGACUGGAGCUCCUUGGCUACCCGGGGGCUUCCAAGCAGCAUCAUGAGAAACCUGACCCGCUGUUGGCGGGCGGUGGUGGAGGAGCAGGUGAACAAGUUUCUGACCUCAUACUGGCAGGACGAUGACUUUGUGCCACGCUAUUGUGAACACUUUCAUAAGCUGCAGAAAUCAAGCUCUGAGCUGUUUGGGCCACGGGCAGCCUUCUUGCUGGCGCUGCAGAAUGGCUGUGCCGGGGCCUUGCUGAGGCUUCCCUUUCUCAAAGCUGCCCACGUGAGUGAGCAGUUUUCCCGGCACAUCGACCAGCGGAUCCAGGGCAGCCGGAUGGGGGGGGCUCGAGGGAUGGAGAUGCUGGCGCAGCUGCAGCGAUGCCUGGAAACCGUGCUAGUGUUCUCUGGCCUGGAGAUAGCCACAACCUUUGAGCAUUACUACCAGCACUACAUGGCAGACCGACUCCUGGGCGUGGGCCCGAGCUGGCUGGAGGGUGCCGUGCUGGAGCAGAUUGGUCCUUGCUUCCCCAACCGCCUCCCCCAGCAGAUGCUGCAGACCCUGAACACCUCUGAGGAGCUGCAGCAUCAGUUCCACGUCUACCAGCUCCAGCGGCUCGACCAGGCACUCCUGAAGCUGGACAAUACAGAGAAGAAGAUACAGGUGGGUCACAAGGCCAGUGGCCAGAAGAAUGAGAAAGAAGAAGAAAAGGAAGCCGGGGUCGAAGCAGCAGCAGAGGUGGUGGAGAAAGAGGAGGAGGAGGAGGAGGAGAAUGAGAAUGAGGACCUCUACUAUGAAGGGGCCAUGCCGGAAGUGUCUGUGCUCGUCCUGUCUCCGAGCUGCUGGCCCAUCUCCUCCAUCAGCCACCUACUGAGCCCCAGGACCUGCCUGCCCUCUUACCUGAGGGGCACUUUGAACCGAUACUCCAACUUCUACAACAAGAGCCAGAGCCACCCUGGCCUGGAGCGAGGCCUUCAAAGACGGCUGCAGUGGACAUGGCUGGGCCGGGCUGAGCUGCAGUUUGGGGACCAGACCCUGCAUGUGUCCACUGUGCAGAUGUGGCUGCUACUGUACCUCAACGAUCUGAAGGCUGUCUCUGUUCAGAGGCUGCUGGAGCUCUCUGGGCUCUCUCCAGAUGUGCUGAAUCCAGCAAUUGGGCCUCUCACCUCUUCAAGAGGCCCCUUGGACCUUCAGGAGCAAAAGGAUGCACCAGGAGGGGUGCUCAAGAUUCGCGAUGACAGUGAGGAGCCCAGGCCAAGAAGGGGCAAUGUGUGGCUCAUCCCACCCAAGACGUACCUGAAAGCGGAGGAUGAAGAGGGCCAGAACUUGGAGAAGAGACGGAACCUUCUGAACUGCCUCAUUGUCCGAGUCCUCAAGGCCCAUGGGGAUGAGGGGCUGCAUAUUGAUCAGCUUGUCUGCCUGGUGCUGGAGGCUUGGCAGAAGGGCCCAUGUCCUCCCCGGGAUUUGGUCAGCAGCCUGGGCCAGGGAUCUACCUGCAGCAGUACAGACGUCCUCUCCUGCAUCCUGCAUCUCCUGGGCAAGGGCACAGUGAGACGCCAUGAUGACCGGCCCCAGGUGCUGUCUUAUGCUGUCCCUGUGACAGUGAUGGAGCCUCACACUGAGUCCCUGAACCCAGGCUCCUCAGGCCCCAACCCACCCCUCACUUUCCACACCCUGCAGAUUCGCUCUCGGGGGGUGCCCUAUGCCUCCUGCACUGCCACCCAGACCUUCUCUACCUUCCGGUAGCCCUGGAGAUGUCAUCAGGGGCAGGUAGGGCAGGGGCUUUCUACAGAAAUAAAAUGCAGGAGUUUGAAUACA